CGAACCUCAACUCCCCGGCCACGGCAUCUGACUGGAUCGCAGCACCCUGACAGGCACCGAUCCUCAUCAUGCCCAUCAUGUCUCACACAUUGCGGUGUCCCCGUCGCCGCAUGAUCUCUCUCGCCAUGCCGCCUGACGCUGCGCCCUGAGUGGCUCAGCGCUUUGUCCUUUCAUCUGUACGUUUAUCUAGCCGGCGGUACCUGCGGACGCGUCUUCGGUGGCUGGUCUAUCCACCUCCCGCUUUGAGUACACAGUACCGAGCAGUAUUACGAGCAGCCACCUCGCGGUCGAAUCAGGAAAGCGAGCAGGGUCAACGUGCGAUUAAGACUUGCCGCGGCCGGUAGGAGAUCGCCCCCGCAAAGCUUGUCCAACGGAAGUCCGACGUCUGAAUACCUGCUGGUUGGAGCUUAGCAGAGGCGAGCGUGCAUUUCGCAGUGCUGGGUAUGGCGGUUCUAGGGGAGUCUUGGGCGGAGGGUAUAAGAGACGGGGUUCUAAAUGGAGCUCCUGCUAUCUCUGUUUCCUCGGUCUCCUCCGCGGUGGAUACAAUGGCUUCGACUCUUCCCUCUGUCAGAACGCUCUCGAAGCUUGCGCUGGGUGGCGCGCAGGUGCUGCUUGGUGGUGGGCAGAGAGUGCUGGGUGGAACGCCGGAGACGUGCUCGAAUCCGCAGUUGAGCUGUCAUAACACGACGGCUGUGCAGGAUUUGUGCUGUUUUAAUGCGCCGGGUGGGCAGCUGCUGCAGACGCAGUUUUGGGAUACAGACCCGGCGACGGGGCCUGACGAUAGCUGGACUAUUCAUGGACUAUGGCCCGACCACUGCGAUGGCACCUUCGACUCAAACUGCGACUCCUCGCGCGCCUACACGAACAUCUCCGCCAUCAUCCAGAAGUUUGGCAAGACCGACCUGCUGAGCUACAUGCAGACGUACUGGAAGGACUACCAGGGUGAGGACGAGACCUUCUGGGAGCAUGAGUGGGGAAAGCACGGAACCUGCAUUUCUACGCUGAACCCGGAGUGCUAUUCAGAUCAUACGGCGACGGAGGAGGUAGUGGAUUUCUUCCAGAAGACGGUGGAUCUGUUUAAGAGCCUACCGAGCUACGAGUGGCUUUCAGCAGCGGGCAUCACUCCCUCCACCUCAAAGACCUACACUACACAGCAAAUCCAAGAUGCCAUCGCUGCAAAGCGUCCUGGCGUCACCGUGACCCUGGGCUGCUCUUCCGGCGCCCUGAACGAGAUCUGGUACCACUACGACGUCCGAGGUUCCGUUCAAACAGGCGAGUUCGUCCCCGCGAACCCCGAUGGCACCAAGUCAACCUGCCCCUCCACCGGAAUCAAAUACCUCCCCAAGAACGGCGGUAGCAGCCCCACCUCUGCACCUACGACAACAGUAGGCGGGCCCGCGCCGACCGGCACCAGCACCCCUGGCACCCCCUUCAGCGGCAAAGGCUACCUCAACGUCAACGUCAGCGGCUCCAAGAAGGGAUGCAUCAUCUCAGGAGGCACGUGGUACACGACCGGCACCUGCGCCAGCUUUACAGCUGCGUCCUCGGGCAGCGGAUUCACGCUCACUUCGUCGAAGGGCAAGUGCGGUGUCGUUUCGGGCGUGUUCACGUGCGGAAGCAGCGUUAGCACUGCCACGGCUUUCACGAGUAGCAGUGGCAAGUUAGCGGCGGGCGGCAAUGCGGCGUGGAGCGCGGACGCGGUGGCCAGUGGAAGUACCCAGGAGAAGGUGUAUGCUGGAGGGGACCAUGGGACGGCGUUGGAGAUCGUGUGGCAGGCCUUGUAAGAGUAGUUCUUCUAAAAGGCAUAGAAGCCAACAAGUAGAGAAUCAUUUCCAG